AUGGAUUUUGACAGACUAUGCAGGCGGCGAUCCGGAACCGCUGGCGCCUACGAUGCCUCGCAAGACACCUUUCAGCAUUACAUUAACGAUCCGUUCGAACACGUUUUCAACGUCUUUGGCACCACUUCCUUCAAGGAUGGGGCCCAUGGAGCAAGCCGUCGCGCAAAGUCUGGGAUGCACAUCUACGCACCUCCGCACUUGUCCUCAAAUACGCACUUUUACACACAUAUGCAUCACCACUUUUACGCACCUUUGGACUCCGACAAGAACGUUCCAAACGAUGAUUAUACGAGCAUCCCCACAGACGCAAGGAAUCAUAACAGCCGCGGGGAUCCUUCCCACAACCGACAAAAAAUCGUCAAGGCUGAUCGCGAGUCGUUGGACAUGGAACGCACAAAGCUGGAAGCUGAGCGGGACGCUCUCAGUCUCGCACAAAAGGCCUUGGAACUUGAGCGAACCCUUUUCGAUGCCAAGCGAGAGGCUUUUGAGAUUGGACGGGAUACAUUAGAGGCUAUGUGUGUCGAUAUAUCACAACACAUUGCCGCUGAAGGGGAGGGAGAUUGCCUCUGGAUGAACUGUGUUAUCCUUUUCUUGGUUUUGAUUGUUAUUUUCCUUGCCUUUAUUCUUACAAUCCUUGCGCAAAGAUAGCGCCAUAAGGGUUGUUGAGAAGGUGUAAGGCUAUCAUUACGCUAUCCCACCUAGGACAAUUCAACGAUAAUGUGGC